UUUCAAGGGAAGUGCUCAAGUUAGCCUUAUCUCACCUUCUCCCGCGCCAUGAACUCUUCAAGUGUAGUGGUGGCAGCAAUGGCUGCACUAAUGAUGUUUCUUUUACUUGCCCCAACUUCUGAUGCUGCGAUUUCCUGCAGUGAUGUGAUCAAGGACCUGAGGCCUUGUGUGAACUACCUUACGAGCGGCACUGGGAAACCACCUUCUGCAUGCUGUGCAGGAGCCUCAGCUCUUCAAUCUGCUGCAUCAAGCACAGCUGAUAAGAAGGCAGCUUGUGAGUGUAUCAAAUCAGCUUCAAAGUCAUUAAAUCCAAACCCCCAGUUAGCCCAGGCUCUUCCAGCUAACUGUGGAAUCAGCUUGCCUUACACUAUUUCUCCCAGUGUUGAUUGUUCCAAGAUUAGUUAGUUGAGAUGGAGAUGGAAAUGGUCUGCUGAAGGCUUUUCGAUCCGCGUGUUACUAUUUUAAGUGAAAUGGGAAGAGUUCUACCUAAUUUAUGUAUGUGUGUGUACGGGAAGCUUACCCUAUUUUGUAAUGUGUUGAACGCAUGCUAGUGCCUUUGCUUCUGCAAGUAAAUAAAGACACCAUAAUUAUGGUCAAGAUUAGCACGCUAA